AGAACGAGAAAAAGAAGAAGAAGCAGGAGGAAGAGGAGGAGGAGGAGGAGAAAGAAAGAGAGAGAAGGAGGAGGAAUCGUAGAAGGAGGAGAAGAAGAAGAAGAAGAAGAAGAGAUCUGAAGGUUAGCACAAAUGGAGCUCUUCCCAACACAGCCAGAUUUAACGCACCAAAUCAGCCCACCAAACACCACGCCAGCAUCAACAUGGAGGAAGCCUGAUGAGAGCAUCGACUUAGGGUUUUGGAGGAGGUCAUUGGACUCGACCAGCAAGAGUAUCAACAAGAACAUCACCAACCCUUGCACGGCAAAGGCCGACGACAUCACUCUCUCCUUAGCUAACCCAAGUGCCACCUACUCCGGCGACUCAAGGAACAGCCUGCUUCCCCGCCUCCACCCUCACCCUCGCCACCACCAUCACCAUCUCCACUUCCACCACCACCACCACCCACUACUAUCAGAAGACUAUCACGAAGACCUCGGCUUGCUGAAGCCCAUAAGGGGAAUCCCGGUCUACCACAACCCACCUUCCUUUCCUGUAGUCCCACUGCGUCAGCAGCAGCACUUGUGUGACUCUUCUUCCACCUCCAAUUUCGCUCCCUUCGCCACAACACAAAGCUUGUCCAGACUGAGAUUCUUGCCGUCGAGGUUCUCAGCUAAACGGAGCACGAGAGCACCGAGGAUGCGGUGGACCUCCACGCUUCAUGCCCGCUUCGUCCAUGCCGUGGAGCUACUGGGAGGCCAUGAGAGAGCGACGCCCAAGUCAGUUCUUGAGCUCAUGGAUGUGAAAGAUCUCACCUUGGCUCAUGUGAAAUCUCACUUGCAGAUGUAUCGGACUCUGAAGAACACAGAUAAACCAGCAGUUUCUUCAGGUCAAUCUGAUGGAUUUGAGAACGAGUCAGCUGGAGAGAUCUGUGAUGAUAAUUUGCUAGAUAACCCAAAUCCCCAUAGGUUGGGAUCAUCUGCUCAACAUGGUUGGUCAUCAGCUGCACAUCACAGCACCACUCACAUCAGUGGUCUAUGGAGCAAUCCUUCAAGGGAAGGCUGCCUCACUGCCACCAUACCUUGUGAUGAAUCCAACACUGGGAGUAUGCAUUCAUUUAAGAAGGACCUGCAACCAAAAAGAAUGGAAAUGUAUUCAGAUUUGAACUCAUCAUGCCUGUCGGAGACAUUGAGCCCAUGCAAACUCAAUCUGGAGUUCACUUUGGGUAGGUCACAAUGACCUGAAGUACCCCAAGAACCCACCGCCAAAUAAAGGGACUCAAAAGAAAAGCAAAGUGAAAGAAAGGUGAAAGAGACAAGAAGACAAUUGAGGCAAAAGGCAAGAGUAGCGAAAGCAUGUUGAUCUAUAGAUACGUUCUUCAAAGAUAUGAAGUUUCAUGGCAUCUCUCUUUUGCUUUGGUAAAGGGGAAAGGAUCAAUCAGGGUUGCUUCAUUCUCGUGCAUGUUCGCGUGUACUCUUUGCUUUAUAUUCUCCCAAGAAAGUCAAAAGGCAGUCAUGAAAACAAGCAUCAAACACAAAAAUGAGACAAUGCUGCAUUGCUUGACUGUCCUUCCUAUCUCCACGAUCAAAUCCCUCGGAUGAUAACAUGUGUUGCCGAUGAAUGAAUGAACAUUACAGAGCAUCUGAAAUGAUUUUUUUCUUGAAC